AUGCUAAUAAACGUGAAUGUCGGAGUUCUUGGUCACGUCGAUUCAGGGAAGACUACCCUGUCAAAGGCUCUGAGCACGGUAGCAAGUACUGCUGCGUUCGACAAAAAUCCUCAAAGUCAAAAACGCGGGAUCACCCUUGAUUUAGGCUUCUCAUCUUUCAAGGUGGAGAAAAAUAUUCCUCCCCAUCUUGCACCCUCUGAUUCUAUUCAAAUUACCCUUGUUGACUGCCCUGGUCAUGCAUCCCUCAUUAGAACCAUUAUUUGUGGCACCCAUAUAAUUGAUCUAAUGCUUCUCGUUGUGGACGUCAAUAAGGGCUUUCAGACUCAGACCUCGGAGUGCCUUGUCAUAGGUGAACUCACUUGUGACACUCUUGUGGUCGUUCUCACCAAAGUGGAUCUGAUUCCUCCAGAACAACGCGAUGAGAAAAUUGCCAAGAUGAAGUCGCGAGUUUCAAGGACACUGCAACCAACGAAGUUUGCUGGCGCGCCCAUCGUUGCUGUCUCAGCUCUUCAAAACGUUGAAGCGUCAACUGGUGGAGGAAUGGAGGAGUUGAUUUCAACCCUUCUCAAUAGCACUCCCGAUCCACGAGAGAGGCGCAGUGAAUUGGCAGAUCUCCCAUUUCUGUUUGCUGUUGAUCACUGUUUCUCCAAGUCUGGUCAAGGAACAGUUCUCACUGGCACCGUUCUUCGCGGUCACAUUUGUGUUGGAGAGACUGUGGAGAUUCCUCGAGUGAAACUAAAGAAGAAGAUAAAGUCCAUACAGAUGUUUCGAAAUUCCGUCGAAGAAAUCGGCCCGGGUGAUCGCGCGGGUAUAUGCGUAACCCAGUUGGAUCCCGGUGUUAUGGAGCGCGGCUAUUUGGCGUCACCGGACAGUCUGUCGACGUGUCAUGCCUGCCUUCUUACAGGAGUAGCACGGAUCGUUUAUUACAAGGGUGCUGUGCGCAGUAAUCAGCGUUUCCACGUCUCGAUCGGACAGGACACUGUUCUCGCACGUAUCACUUGUCUUCGUCGAGUAGAAGGCAAGAAGGAAACGGAGGAAGGGGAGUUCGAGUACAUCGAGGAACUCUGCAGCGAGGGAGGUGCGGAUAAAGCAAGGGAGAUGGUGUUGGAGUUUGACGCACCGGUGGUGGCACCCAUGGGUGGAGUGGUGAUUGGGUCGCGCCUUGACACCGAUCCCCUCUCGUCAAGCUGCCGUCUUGCCUUUCAUGGUACUGUCGCUCGCUUCUUCGAGUCAUCUCAAGAAUGUCGUGCCUCGCUUUCUGUCUACCGAUGCAAGCAAAGGCGAGGCGAAGUGGAGAGAGUGAUAGAUCCACGAAGCUGUAUCGUGAGGGGUCUCUUCAAGGGUGAGACCAACUGGGAGUUGUUUACCGGUCUCACUGUUACUGUCAUCCUUCCUCCUUCUUUUGCCUCUGUCACCACUGAGGGCGACAACGUGAAUUCCAUUCGGGCUGUAAUCGAAGGUAGUUUUGGACGCGCUGGAAAGUGUCGCAUUCGGCUUUUUGCCGAUCUUCCGGACGCCUUGGUAAAACGGUUUAGCGGGAAGGCGGGUAAGAAGCUGGCUAAAGAGACCGCGUCGGCAGACACUGCGAAUUCCAACACUGACAUCGUCACCAACACGCUUGAUGGGCACCUCGCAGUGACACUGGAUUUCAAAAAACACGUCUUUGACACUACCAAACGCUUUUUCCAAUAG